AUGAUGUCGGUGAGACGGCAAAGUUUACCCUCCGAGCUCCUUCUUGGAAUUCAACACAAUCAGGAUCCAGAAAUGCAAGCGCAUACGGGGCGUGAAGAUGAGAAGGAUAAAUAUAGGACAUGUUGCGCUGUCUGCCAUAUCAAAUUCGGCACAGCAGUGCUUGGUGUGAUUGAAGCGGUCGUUUGUGUUACGGUUUUGAUUAGUGCUGUUCAACAAGUGAUCUGGAAAUCUGGUGGUUCACAGGAUUGUUUUCAAAACAUUCUCCGCGACUGUUUGAUAUUUCAAUUCAGCCAUUUCAAUGUCACAUUGAUAUUCGACUACAUUGUAAUAAUCAUGAUGAUUGGUAUCAUUAUUUCUGUAUUUCUUCUGUUCUGCGGAAUUCUUUCCGAUACAUCGAGUCUCCUGCUCCCACAUAUUAUUAUACAAGCCAUUUUCCUACUAUUUUCCAUUGGUUAUUUCUGUUUGUACGCUGUCUCCUACUUCUAUGGGGAUUUGUACAUACAGUCGCGACCAUUCACGGUCAAUCACUUCGUUGAGCGAAUGUGGCUUGCCACCUUGCUGGUUGCUUUGGCACUUUUUCAGACCUAUUUAUUUUCCGCAGUUAUUCGUUGUAGUAUGUACAUAUCGAGCAUCGAAGAUGUUCGCAGACGACGAGAAAGUGCUUUCGAACGAUGCAGCGAGAGAGUUCGACUUGCAAAAGAGAAUGGAUUAUGGCGAACGACAAGUUGGGGUGGUAGUUUUCAACAGUACAAAGGUCAAUAUGACGAGAAUAAGCCAAAGAAGGCACCAAAACAAAAAAAUUUUCACGUGCAGUGGAGAGAAAAAUCAGCGGCUAUAGAAGAGGAAGAAGAUGAUACCACAAUGAAUUUGAUCGAAUACGAAACCGAACCUAAGAGCGACUUUCACGAACCACUUAUAAAGAUGGAAUCUGUGGACGAAACAACGAAAAGCACCUCGAAGAAGAAUAGCCAAUCAGAACUGCUACGAAAGACCAGUAGUCAAGAAGCUGGACGGAUAUCCCAUGCCCACAGCUCAUUCGAUCAACCAACUACCUCAAAAACAUCAACAGCAUCAUCGGAGGUGCAGUCGUUGAGAAGUCAUCAUAAAGAAAGCCACGCUUCGACGAGCUCUCACAGGCGAUUAUCGGAUAUGCCUAGUCAAGAAUUCGAUAACACCGGAGCUUUUGCAAAGCGGCGAAAGUCAUCUAGUCCACGAUCAUCGCUAAAAAAGCACAAAAGUGUCGACCCAAAUGACGCACCUCCAGAAGCGCUUGAAAGUCAAAGACAGCUACCAGAUGAUUCUCGACGUUCAUCUCUUGGAAACGAAAACCGCCGGGAAUCGACAACGUCCAACCACAGAGUGCAUCAUAAUGCUAUACAAUCACGUCCCGAAAGACGAGGAGACAUUCCUCACAUAAAGAGGGUGUCAAUUUCUGCGACUCAUCUAUGA